UGGCAGUGUUGCCUGCCUUGGCUUGCGCCACCAGCAGCAGCAGCAGCAACAGCAGCAUUAGCAGCAAUGGUGGCGUGAUGGGUGUGCUUACUGGGAAUCAUGCAUGCAGUGAUUGGUUGCAAGACACGGACCUGUUUGGCAAUGACAUCAAGGAGGAAGGGCCGAUGACGAUGGAAGAGUGCUGCGAGCGGUGCUGGAACAUCAGCAACUGUGCUGGCGUCACCUUCAACAAGUCUCCGCCAGGGUACGCGGACCACAUGUGCAACCUCAAGUUUUCAUCGGCGGGCAAGAGGCACUCUCCUGGUGAAUACAGCAUGAUCAUCCGGCCAAACUUUCCACCUCCACCUCCGCCACCUCCACCCUCGCCGCCACCUUCGCCCACACCACCCGCCAAUGUCCCUUCGUCGUGGAAGGCCAGGAACGCCACGGCUGACAUGCUCAUUGGCGUGCCGACAACAUCAAGGGCUGGCUAUCAGGGCGUGCAUGUUGGGAACGGCUAUAUCUCCUCUACCCUCGACACGCACGGCACCGAAUUCAUCGCAGGCGUGUUCAAUGGAAAGGGAACCAAGUCCCAACGGGCAUCGAUUCCAUCACCGCUGGCCGGUGCAUCGCCGGCCUCCAAUCUCGUGGAGCAUGCUGCCGCCCUUGACAUGCACGACGCUGCGUUCCUUCGCCUCUUCAACGUCUCCAGUGCUGCUCUUGGUCGCCGCACACACAACCGCAACCAGCGCCGGCAGCGACAGUCCACGAGCACCGCGGAUUCAUCACUGGAUGAUACGUGCAUUCUUCGGCAGUAUGCGCACCGCAGCUUGCACCAUGUCUUUGUUGCGGAUGUGUCGUGCAGUCUGACGGCGCCGGCAACCGUUGGCUUUGACCUCGUACCGGCACCCAGCAUCGCCGUCACGUCGCAGGUGGUGCACUCGACAAGCGAUGUGCUGUGUCAGUCACACACCAUCAGGGAGCCGGAGGAGACGUGGUCGCCGGCAAUUCAGGUGGUUUCGUGCACGAGGAACUUGGGGUCUGGCAACACGGCGUGGACGAACGAUUUCCCAGCAGGAGAGUCAUCAUCGCAUGUUGUCAGCACACGCUAUUCAUCCAUCGAUGAUGAUGUGACAGACAACUCGACGCAGGCCUUACUGACACGCGCACUGCAGGACUACGGCACGGCGAUGAACAUGAGCACGGCUCAUCUGUUUGAAGAGCACAUGCGUGCGGUUGCCGCCAUAUCCGCCCAUCAACCUCGCGUGCACGGGAACAUCGAGCUGGCACGUGUUGUCAACGCGUCCAUGUACGCGCUCAUGACCACAGUUCGGGAGAAUGUGACGUACAGCUCCAGCCCCGGCGGUCUUGCCACGAACAGCUACCAUGGACACACGUUUUGGGACGUGGAAACGUGGAUGUGGCCAAACUGGAACAUCUUCCAUCCCCUGGUGCGAUACCGCGCCCACAAAAGCGGCGGGGCGCGGGACAAUGGAGUGAAACACCACUUUUACGGCCUCAUGUUCCCGUGGGAGAGCGCGUUCACUGGACAGGAGGUUGAUCCUGCGCCCGGGACAACCAUCGAGGAGCAUAUCCAGGGUGAUAUCGUGUUCGCGUACUACCAGCACUGGCUACUCACUGCCGAUGUUGACUGGUUGCGGUCAACAGCCUUCCCUGUCAUCGAGGGGAUUGCUCAGUUCUGGGCGUCGAAAGCGGUCCCAAACAAGGAUGGCUCAUUCUCCAUCCCAGACAUUAUGGGUCCGGACGAAUAUCACGGCCCCGUCAACGACAGCCUGUCACUGCGGCUCGCGUAUUCGCUCGCACAUCCAGCUGGGCGCCCGCAGAAUGAGACAUUCAAACACGUUGGCGACAACUUGGUGAUUUUGUUUGACGAUUCGCAGCAGUAUCACCCCGAGUUCAAGGGAUACAACGGCAGCGUCGUGAAGCAGGCUGAUGUGAUCCUGCUUGGAUAUCCGCUCGGUUACAACAUGACCGCCAAAGUGCGCAAGAACGACCUCAAUUUCUACGCCAUUGUCACAGACCCACGCGGCCCCGCCAUGACGUGGUCCAUGUUCGCCAUCGGCUUUAUGGACAUCGACAUGCUUGGCGUCGCAGAUCCAUUCUUCUUGCGAUCGUACGCUGAGAACAUCAACGGCAACUACCUCGUGUGGUCGGAGGUCGCAGGAGGUGGCGGUGCGCAGAAUUUCAUCACAGGCGCUGGCGGCUUCAUGCAAUGCGUGUGGGCAGGAUAUGGCGGUCUUCGCAUCACGGACAACGGCCUGCUGAUCAACAACCCUCGUCCACCACCAAAUUCGACGUCCAUUGACAUUGACGGAUUCUCGUAUCUCGGACACGUGCUCUCCCUCUCUGUGCACUCUGCAUCCGCUUGGACACUCCUCGACACCACGCCCAAGCGUGCGGAGGUUGCGCCCCUGCGGAUUCGUUUCGCCAACCAGUCGAGCAUGCCGCUUCAGAUUGGGACGCCAGUGCACGCUUCAGGCACCGCCUACAUCCAAGAAGCACAACCGUAG